CGCACGCACAGGUCGCUACAGAAUUGCGUUCUGGUUUAAGCAGUUGCCCUGGGGCUUUUUCUCCCUUUAACUCCACCGUCUGUUGCUUCCACCUGCACAUUGUGUGUGUGUGUGAGGGGUGUAACCUGAUGCCGGUGGAGUUCGUGUGUCUGCCUGUCCGUGUCUGUUGGGAGAUGAGGAUAUGUGAAGUGCGUUGACGGACAGUUUAGCCUGGGUAAUGCGCGGCUACUUGCGUGAGGAUGAAGCCCCAGAGAUAAAGGCACCUGAGGCAGGAGGGUGACCGGGAAAGGUGCACUCUGAGCGGGAUGGAACUCAACCGAGUGUCCCUGCUCUGUCAGGACAUUACCAGACUAUGGCUGCAACUGAAACUAAUGACAGAUGAGAUUAUGCAGCAGGAGAGCAGUCCUCUGUGUGCCGCAGACAUCAGCCCAGACCUCAGGAAACAGUUUGCCUUCCUGUCAGGUGGCCGAGGACAAAAUGGCAGCCCCAUCAUUAUUUUCCCAGAGUACCCGGCGUUUGGUGAGCUGGAGGAACAGGAGUUUCACAAUGUGCUGACAUACCUGACCAGCAUUCCCAGUCUCAGCUCGACGGGGGUCGGCUUCAUCCUGGUCAUUGACCGCCGGCAAGACAGAUGGGCAUCAGUGAAGGGGACACUGCUGCGGAUUGCGGGCUCUUUCCCAGGCAACCUGCAGCUGGUGCUGGUACUGAGACCCACAACACUCUUCCAGCGGACCAUCUCAGACAUCUUAUUUAAGUUUAACAAGGAUGACUUUAAAAUGAAAGUGCCGGUGAUCAUGCUAAGCUCUGUGACUGAGCUCCACAGUUACAUCGACCGCACACAGCUCACGCAGGAACUGGGCGGCACGCAGGAGUACUGCCACGAGAAAUGGAUUUCACACCGCACCGCCAUUGAAGGGUUUGCUCUGAUGGUGAAGAAAACAGCGCAGACUCUCCAGUCUUUCGGGACAGAGCUGGCAGAGACAGAACUGCCCAAUGAUGUCGAGGCCACGUCCAACCUUCUAGCCAUCCACACAGAGAAAAAGGACAAGAUGAAGGAUGACUUGAGGAUCGCUCUCUGUCAGGGAGGACGUUUGCUGGAGAGCAUCAAUGAGCCGCUGGUGAAAGAUCCAGAUUACACCAUGAACCAGGAUGAACUGGAGAACCUGGCUACUGUUCAGAGGUUGCUUGGUCAAUUAGAUGAGACUGAAACAGCAUUUGAUGAUUUUUGGGACAAACAUCAGACCAAGCUAGAGCAAUGUCUGCAACUGCGGCAUUUUGAGCAGGACUACAGGGAGGUUAGAGGUCAUUUAGACCUGGUCUAUGAAAGAUUAUCAGGCUUCUCGGAAGUAGGAAUAAGCCCCGCCCACGCUGAACAUAUCCUGAAAGAGCUGACCAUUCACGAAGAAAGAGCUUGCGAGGUGUUGGACCGGGCUCUGUCUCUAGCGUGUGAUGCAGAUCUGCUGAUCGAAGCGUCUCAUUACGCUGUGGAUUCCAUCCUGCCCAAAUGCUCUGAGCUGCGGGUUGUGUGUGAGGAGAUCAGCGGUGUCCUGAACGAAAAGAAAGCUCAUCUUCUCAAAGCCAUGGAGCUACACCAGUCUCUAGAGAAGGCCUCUAAAUGGUGUGAUGAUGGGAUCUACCUGCUGGCGUCUCAGCCUGUGGAUAAGUGUCAAUCACAGGAUGGGGCGGAGUCAGCGCUGCAGGAGAUUGAGCGUUACCUGGAUACAGCCAAUCAGCACAAGCUGACAGAUUUGAGUGCAAUUUGGAGGGAAUAUGAGUCUGUGCUCACUCAAGACUUCAGGGAUCAGGUGGACAAAGUGUUUCAGAAGCAGCUGUCCAUGCAGGAAAUAUUCGAGAAGAGGAGGAUCAGUCUUAAGAAGUUAGCAGCCAAACAGACACGACCCGUGCAGCCCGUCGCCCCACGUCCCGAGGCCAUCAUCAAAUCACCCAUCUUGUCUCCAGCGCAUAGAGAGAAGACUAUAGAUGGUGAUAUCAUCAAUGGAAACUGCAGAAAAGGAGAGAUGCACUUACAGAGUGACGGCAGCAGACACCCGUCUGUCUCUGAUGAAGAGGAGAACUUUGCUGUGCUUAGACGGCAUGUGAUGAACGAGCUGUUGGAGACGGAGAGAGCGUAUGUGGAGGAGCUGCUGUGUGUGCUCGAGGGUUAUGCGGCAGAAAUGGACAACCCAGCCAUGGCUCAUCUCAUCCCCAACACGCUGCUUCACAAGAAGGACAUCCUCUUUGGCAACAUGCCUGAGAUAUACCAGUUCCACAAGAAGACUUUUCUUCGUGAACUGGAGACGUACACAGACUAUCCUGAGCUUGUGGGCCGGUGUUUUUUGGAGAGAAUGACGGAUCUGCAGAUAUAUGAGAAGUACUGUCAGAACAAGCCUCGCUCCGAGUCUCUGUGGAGACAGUGCUCUGACUGCGCUUUCUUCCAGGAGUGUCAAAAGAAACUGGAGCAUAAGCUCGGUUUGGACUCGUACCUGCUCAAGCCAGUGCAGAGAAUAACCAAAUACCAGCUUUUACUCAAGGAACUGUUGAAGUACAGCAAAGGCUGUGACGGUGAGGAAGACCUUCAGGAGGCGCUCUCAUCUAUUCUAGGCAUCCUAAAAGCUGUGAAUGACUCCAUGCACCUCAUCGCCAUCACUGGAUAUGAAGGCAACCUCAGCGAUCUGGGCCGCUUGAUGAUGCAGGGGUCGUUCAGCGUGUGGUUGGAGCAUAAGAAGGGUCACGCGAAAGUGAAAGACCUGGCACGCUUCAAGCCCAUGCAGAGACACCUCUUCCUGCACGAGAAAUAUCUGCUCUUCUGUAAGAAACGAGAGGAGAACGGAGAAGGUUAUGAGAAAGCCCCGUCAUACAGCUUUAAACACUCACUCAACAUGAGCGCUGUUGGCAUUACUGAGAAUGCAAAAGGAGACAACAAAAAGUUUGAGAUCUGGUGUAAUUCUCGAGAGGAGGUGUAUAUAGUACAGGCGGCGACACCAGAAAUCAAAACGGCAUGGGUGAAUGAGAUCCGGAAGGUUCUGACGGGGCAACUAAAGGCUUGCAGAGAGGCGAGGCAGCAGAAGAGCUCAGAUCAGCUAACUCCCACCAGCAGCAGUCUAACCCUGAGCCCCUUCAAGACCAACCCAAAGAGCCUCAAGAAAGGAGAAGACAAGAAACCUGAGCCCACAGCAGCAGAUCCCAGUAAUCCUGCCUUACUCAAAAAUAACGACAAGGUCAAAGACGAGACUGUCACCAGUCCCAACUCUGAGAGAGCUGCAGUGGCUAAAAAACGCUUUACACUGCAGGGCUUCAGUAACCUCAAGAGCCAAAAAGAGUUUAUAGCAGCCUCUGGUGGCAAAAGCCUCUCACUUCCAAUGGCCAUCACUCUCUGCCCUCCAGGAUCAUCCCCCCCUAGUCCUGAUCACAAAACUAAAAGACAUGAGAUUAAGAGUGAUCCUACACCGUUUGGCUUCAGAGGCUUCACCAAGGUGUCGCUGUCCAUGGAUGCGUCCGAGGAGAACGACGGUUACUCGAGCGCCGAAGACCCCAUGAACUCUGACCCUGAGGAUGAGGGAGGGAAGAAGCUGUCUCCCGGCAGGUACGUGGUAGUAGCUGACCACGAGAAAAGCGGACCUCAGGAGCUGACGGUGAAGAGCGGGGACACGGUGGAGCUGGUGAGAGAGGGAGACGACGGACGCUGGUUUGUGCGUAAUCUGCGGACCAAUAAGGAGGGCUGGGUCCCUGCUGCAAACUUGCUCACUCUCAUCAGACAAUCCAAAUCUUCUCAAUCUCUCUCCAGCUCAGAAGGCAGUGGGUCUGGAAACCUCAGCACGUCGUCCAGCUGCAGCGAAACCUACACGAGCUUCUCUGACAUCAAAACCUGAAGCGCGCUGCUCCGGCGUCUUGUGGCAGCUCCUACACAGUGCACUUUCUACUGAAGCUCCUCGAGGCUUUGUACUGUAUCUAACCUCCUCAACCGAGAAAGGAAUCGACCUCGCCUAUUCAGGAUACUUUAUAUAGAGCGUCACCCUUUCUCAUCCGUCUCUCCUUCAUAAGAGAGAGAGAAAUGUCUACUGUUCCCAUUCACAUUCUCAUUUACUUAUCGUGUGAUGCUGUUCGUUUCGCAUCUGCAUGACUUUCCUCAAAGAGAAAAAGGGGUUUUGGUCGAGUAGCCUGCGGUCUAAAAGUCUUUAAAUAUCCAUAACAAGGACUCUCACAUGAGCUUCCACUGGUUUUAUUGAUCUUGCUUUGAGAAUGUCAGUGUCUGAUUUGCUGUAGCAGCAAGACAAUGAAACGUUGUUUUAUACGAUAAAGAUUCUGGAGGUUAUGCCUGGUGAAAAGUCCAGUUCACUGUAUGUGUUAAUCUAAAACGGCUGUAUAGUUUAAAUUAUUUCCUGUAAAAGAUUUGUACAGAUAUUAACUUUUAUCUCAUGUUUUUCUUUAAAACAGUAUAUAUAUAUAUAUACAUAUUGUAUAUUAUGACCACUAUUGUUGUGUGUCAAUGAAUUGUAUUUUCUUGUAUGUCACUUUACUGUUCUACAAUUUUCCAGUAACAACAUAUCAACUGUAUUUACGUUUUAUUUUUACGUCACCACAUGUUGUUUUAAUUUGAUUGGUUCAAAAUGUAGUCUGGAACGUGAUAAUUGGCGUGUCACUCAAGUUCGCUGUAAAAAAAUAGUACUCGGUAAACUACUGGGAGCAUACUGUAACUAUAAGGUGUGUUACUGUUUUUGUGUUAGAGAAUAUAGCUGUUCAAUUGUAAUACGGUUAAUUAUUGUUAGCUGUUAAUUUCAAAAACAGUAACACACCGUAUUUGUACGGUAUGAUGCUGGCAACCACAGCUGCCAGUAGUUUACCGUUUUUUACCGCAUUAUUUUUUACAGUCUUGUUUUUAAAGGUCAAAAAGUAUUACUUAACUUGUCAAAGUUCAUCUAUAAUCCUGACGGCUGAUUCAAUCACGGAUGAAUCCCACAUCGUUUCCGCCCAGAACUGUACACACUGUCUUUGUUUUAACGUGUUCAGCAAUACAGAGAUCAUUGUUAAUAUCUAUUUCAAUUUUAUGUGGCACAUUGCUGCAUGUUAGUUUUAUCUCAUGCUAGUUUUAUCAUGUUCUCAUUUGACAUAAAAUAUUUUCCUCUAUUAGGCUCGUAUCGAUGUACAUGUGUAAAUAUGUAUCUAAGAGGUUGUAUGAGAUGAAUGAAUUUAAAGUGCUUAGGCAGAAAUAAACUUCAUUGAAACAUUCUG